AGCCCGCCCCGAGGGACAGAGACUGACUGGAGCUCCCUCCUGCACUGUGCAGACGCUCUCUGGCAACCUGGCUGGUGGCACCAUGAGGCUGGCGGGACGUGCGGCGUUGCUGACGGCGCUGCUGCUCCUGGCACAGCUGCGCCCGGGGAGCAGCCAGUGGAGCCCGAAGGAGGCGGCGGCGGCGGCGGCGGCGGCAGGGGUCCAGGACCCGAGUCUGCGCUGGAGUCCGGGAGCGCGGAACCAGGGCGGAGGGGCCCGAGCGCUCCUCUUGCUGCUGGCGGAGCGUUUCCCGCGCCGCGCGGGGCCAGGCCGAUGGGGAUCUGGGACCACAGGAGAGCGGCCGCGACGGGACGACCCUCCGCUGUCCAUUGACCUCACCUUCCACCUGCUGCGGACCCUGCUGGAGAUGGCACGGACGCAGAGCCAGCGCGAGCGCGCAGAGCAGAACCGCAUCAUAUUCGACUCGGUGGGCAAGUGAUCGGCGGGGCCUGGGGCGCGGAAAACCUCGACCCCUACCCCCACCCGGGAGCUGGGACCUGCGCAAGUGGAACUGACCCAGUCCCGCGGGGCUGGAGCGGCCCAGGGGUAUCCUGAGCACGCUCUGCGUUUCUAGUUUUUAAUAAAAGUGCUGAAGAGCUUUUGGUCUCUGUUGUGGGGGUGCGGGGAGCCUUCCGCAGCAGGGUGGGAACCCCUGGGAAUAUGGGGCCUCCCAGACCGGCGGGAGGGAACCAGUGUUGCAGGGGAAGCAACCUGGAGAACGGCUUUCAGCCAGGGUCCUGUGUCCCCAUUGUCUCCAAGUCCCCCGGGGAACUCAAGUCCUGACCCUUCCGCGCCACCCUUUGCCUUUGGCACUGGCUCAGGAAUCCGUGCCUAAUAUCAAGGAAGUGCCCAAUAGGGAUUCAAUUCACUUCC